UCAGCUUGAAGGGAGCGAGGAUUUAAACCACGACGGCGAGGCUCAAAACUACACCGCAUCAUUCUCCAUUACGAUUGUCCACCCCGUUGUUGAAGCGACACACAUUUCGAAAUGGCUCUUCGUGUGACCAGAAACCGCUUGGCCUCUACCAGGACCGACCUCGGAGGGAAGGCUUGCUCGGUCACCGGGCCCGCAAUGAAGCCUCGAGCUGCGCUUGGAGAGAUCGGAAACAUCGCAGUCACCAAAGAAGUACAGAAAAAGAUUGUCAAGCCGGAGGCCACAAAGAAGACCAGAGUCGUAACCAAAAAGGCAGCAGUAGCCGUUGUUGUUGUUCAACCAAAACCAGAAAAUGUUGUUCCUGCUGAGCCUGAGGUGCAGGUUCUCCCUGAACCAGCAUCCCCCACGCCAAUGGAGACCUCAGGCUGUGCGCCUGCUGACCUCUGUCAAGCGUUUUCCGACGUCAUGCUUCACGCCGCCGUCCGCGACGUGGAUGCAGAGGACUACGACAACCCCAUGCUCUGCAGCGAAUAUGUCAAAGACAUCUACAAGUACCUCAGACAGCUUGAGGUUGAGCAGAACGUCAACCUCUCGUAUCUUCAGGGUCAGGAGGUGACAGGUAACAUGCGGGCCAUCCUUAUUGAUUGGCUAGUGCAAGUGAGCCUGAAGUUCCGUCUGCUGCAGGAGACGAUGUACAUGACCGUGGGAAUCAUUGACCGCUUUCUUCAGGAGCACCCAGUCCCCAAGAAGCAGCUGCAGCUGGUCGGCGUCUCCGCCAUGUUCCUUGCUUCCAAAUACGAGGAGAUGUACCCACCGGAGAUCUCGGACUUUGCCUACGUGACGGACCGGGCCUACACCACCGCCCAGAUCAGAGACAUGGAGAUGUCUCUCCUCCGGGUGCUCAAGUUCCAACUGGGCCGCCCUCUUCCCCUGCAGUUCCUCAGAAGGGCCUCAAAAAUUUACGAGGUAACUGCAGAGCAACACACCCUGGCCAAAUACCUCCUGGAGCUCACCAUGGUCGACUAUGAGAUGGUUCACUUCCCACCUUCCAUGGUGGCAAGUGCUGCUUUGGCUCUUGCCCUCAAGGUCUUGGAUGCUGGUGAAUGGGAUGUGACGCUGCAGCACUACAUGGACUACACAGCAGAGAGUUUGAUUCCUGUGAUGGCACACAUUGCAAAGAACGUUGUGAAGGUGAACGAUGGGCUGACCAAGCACAUGGCCAUUAAAGGAAAAUACUCCACUUCGAAGCAGAUGAGGAUCGCCACCAUCGCGCAGCUCAAGUCUUCGGUGGUGAAGGAUCUCGCAAAGCAGCUCACCCAGUGAGAUGACCAUGCGUUUGGCACCAUGUGCUGAUUUGUACAGUUUUAACUUAAACUUUUUUUUCUUUUUCUAAUGUGACUGAAGGAGCUUCACACCAACGACCAUGUUAGUGGUUUGCAUGAGACCCAACUGAAUAUCGUGUACUUUUUUUUUUUAAAGCAUGCUACAAGUUUUUAAUCUGAAAGCUGGUCCCCCUAAAAUGCAGAGCCCACAAAGGCAGUUUAGACUUGAGGAAACGACUUGCUGCUCAGGGAACCGUGUCUCCUCCUCACGAGUCGGUGACUGACUACCUCCACGUCACAACGCUUACACCACCGUUCAUUAAUGCACUACUUGCCAACUGACAUCGUAGCGGUGUUUCCUUGAGCAUGUUUUGAAUAUUCACAUUUCAAUGUCACUAUACAAUCUGACCACGUUUAUAUCCAGGAAAAGCUAUUUUUAUUGCUUAAACUCCUGCGACUAUAGAACUUGUGGCAUGCUUUAACUUGGUCUCCAUCAAAGGGGCCAGUGGUGUGGCUUUUAUUUUUUUAAUGGGAUUGUUUUAUUCUGUGUGAAAUGUACAGCUGUUUUUAACUGUCUUGUUCUUAAAGCCUCUAUUAAAUGGUUCCAACCAGACUU